AUGACGUUCUGGAGCUCGUACCGUUCGCUCUCGCCCAAAACAAGGGCUCUGUUUGGAAUCGGCGUCAUGGCCUGGGCUUCCAUUGGACUGUGGGUAUCGCCCCAGGUGGAGGGUGCCAUGGGCAUGGUGCCUACCAAAGAGCAGCAGGACGAUCUCGAUCGCAAACUGGCGCUCCGCGUGUCCAGGGUAGAUAAGGAUGGUGAUCAUUGA